AUGGCUCCAAGUGUAGACCUCGCAAAUGGCACUAAGCCAGAAGAUAUCACACGUUCCAUCUCCACGGUGCCGAUAACAACUCAACGCAAACCUUUCGUAAACCCCAAGAGCUCUAGGCUCGUAAACGCGGGCGAAAGUCGAGCGAAUCUAGCACCGUCGUACGAGCAACCCGAAGGUACGACAAGCGGCGAUUGGAACAAAAAGCACGCACACCAAACCGUCCUCCAACAACACUGCGACUUCUUCGACCGCGACCAAGAUGGCAUCCUCUGGCCCCACGACACCUUCAUCGGCUUCCACCGCCUCGGCUUCAACCUUCUCCUCUGCAUCCUCGCCACCCUAAUAAUACACGCCAACUUCUCUUACCCCACCGUUUCCGGCUACCUCCCCGACCCCUUCUUCCGCAUCUACCUCAGCGCCGUACACAAAGACAAGCACGGCAGCGACACCGGCACCUACGACCACGAAGGCCGCUUCGUGCCGCAGAAGUUUGAGGAUAUUUUUGCAAAAUAUGCGCCGGGACGGGACUAUCUGACGAUUUGGGAUCUGCUAGAUGUUAUGAAGGGCCAGAGGUGUGUGGCUGACCCGAUUGGGUGGGGAGGCGCGUUCUUCGAGUGGGUGGCGACCUGGAUUAUGCUUUGGCCAGAGGAUGGGAGGAUGAUGAAGGAGGAUAUUCGGGGGGUUUAUGAUGGGAGUAUCUUUUAUACACUUGCGGCAAGGCGGGAGAAGAAGUAG